CGCAAAUCUGCAAAUAAACAUAUAUUGCAUGUAUGUAUUCACGAAGAAUUUAUAUAUAGGGAGAUUGUGCAGAUGUUUCUCAUGAACCGUUAUUUAGCCUGCAACCAAUAGAAAAAAGUUCUCUUUGUUUUACUAAAUAUUUCGGUGAGAGGUUAAUAAAGGGCAACAGCGUUAACGUCAAACAAAAAAUGUCUGGCGAACUUCUAAAUUGGCUAAAUGCGACGGUCCAUGGUCGUUAUGAGAAUAUCGAAGAACUACGAUCAGGUGUCGCUUAUUGUCAGAUAAUGGAACAACUGUUUCCCAAAUGCAUUGGAAGAAAUAACAUCAAAACCAAUGCUAUUUCAGAAUACGAGUUUUUCCAUAAUCUAAACUUACUUCAAGAUGCUUUCAAUUGUAUGGGUUUCGAAAAGAAAAUACCAAUUGAAGAUUUAGAGCAAGGAUCAUGUAAAGAUCAUUUCGAAUUUUUGCAAUGGUUAAAGAAAUUUUUUGAUAUUCAUAGAACAGCUCAAGCCAAUUUAUUAGCACUGGCAAGAAAUAACAUUUCUCCAGAACCUAUACAAAAGCCAACAACUAAAACACCAAUAGAUAGUGAACAAAAACCUUCAACAAGUCAAGCAUCUUCGGAAUCUUCAGAGAGGAUGACAAGUCAACUAUCUCACAGUAUUAAGCGCAGGUCAUCAAAUAAAACUAAACCGACUUUAGUAACGUCUAUGGCAAGAACUUUUCGUUCGCGUGAUAAUGCGAAACCAGAUAAUGCUCAAACUCGAAAACAACCAAAAACAACUUCGAACCGUAAAAAAAGUCCAAGUUUCCAAGUACUUUCUGAAAGAGUUGAUCAGCUGCGCGAGCAAUUUAUUAAUGUGGAGUAUGAGAGAAAGUAUUAUUUAGAGAAAUUCAAGAAAAUUGAACUUCUGCUUCAAGAGUCGAUCAAGAAACAGGAGUUUGCUGAAUUUCGCAAUUGCGUUUUCAAAAUUCUUCACGCAGUGGAUGCUUACAAAUCAACAAAGACCGCAAUCGAUAGUUCGAAGGAUUAAGCUAAGGAAGCUGCUGUGACGGCGCCGUACAUUUACUUUUUAUCCCGUUUUUUAAGUUAAAAAUUAAUCCUCUGC